UCUCGAAAAUUAUUUUAGUUGCCCAAGUCGAGUGCAGUCGUGUGGAAGUGAAAGAGAAGCCACAAAGUAAAAAAGGAACAACCAGACAGCAGGCAUAAAAAAGUGUUAAAUACAUUUUCCAUAAUUAUCCCUCAUAGUCGUGGUCUCGGUAAUUCAAAAAUUUGUGGAGUUUCCGUACUUUUUACCACUUUACAGACCAAGAUUUAAUGAGAUUGGGGUUGUGCAAUGCGUGACUGCUGAUUAUAUAAGACGCACAAUUGCCCAAAGUUCAGGCAUUCAACUGGUUCCUGCAGUUUGAAUCGAAAGUUUGAAUAGAAAGUAACUGAGUUUCAGGUUGUGUCGAAAAGCCGGCAAAAUUCGAGUAAUAUUUUUGCACGGGCGGAAUUUUGACAGGCGAACGCAAACAAGCGAUUGGGAAAAGAGCAACAAAACUUUCGCAGCGAAAAAAGAGCGAUACGAGUAUACUUGUAAAAGUAGAAAGAUAGAAUAGAAAAGCAAGAGUGCCGCCGGCAAGAGUGCGAAUUUAUAAAUAAAACCAGCGGAUAGAAAGAGAUCCGGUAUCUCUUCGCAAGAGUACAGGUAAACAAAGCCGGAAUGCCGGAACCACUGGGACUGCUAUGGUCCGUGCCGGAGUCCAAGGCGAAGGCGCCCAUCAUCAAGGUGUCCUGCGGCAUCGGCGACACGGACGGCUAUCCCGCCUUCGAUGUCGACUCCGAUGCGUACGCCACCAAGGACGACAGCCGGUGGGGAUUCCUCAUAACCGGCGGAGCGGAGUUCCACAUGCCGCUGACAGUCUUCCAGGUUACCCCCAACGGCCUGGCCGACAAAGCGGGCAUUCGCCUGGGCGACAUCAUACUCGAGAUCAACGAGGAGGACGCCUCGCAGCUGACGCUGUCCCAGGCCCACGAGAAAAUCAACUCGACACCCAAGAAGAUACAUUUCCUGCUGCGCAACAUGGAGGAGGACGAUCCCAUGGGCCAGUUCGAGGCCGGAGAGGAGAAGUCGAUUGUGAUGCGGGUUCCAAAGCCUUUGCCGCCGCCAAGUGGACGCAUACGAGCCAGCUCCAUCGAGAUGCGUCUGCUGGAGAUGCAGCGAAAGUUGUCUGCCAUAGCCGAAAUACCCAAAAUCCUGUGCUCCACUUUGGCCACCGUGUCGCAGAAUUUCGGCCGCAUGAGUGAAUCGGAGGUGGAUGAGGAUGAGGACGAGGAGGAGACGGCCUAUGUGCAGCGGAAGUUCUCCUACGACGAGGAUGCCCUUGACUUUGAGCUGAGGAAAGGGGGACAGGCAGGUGACAGUGACAGUGACGGGGAAGAUUUGGUGCUGGUUCAGGAGGAGGAUGCUGAGCAUGUGGAUGUUCCGAAAGGUGCCAGGCAAUCAAAGCUGCUGAAGGAUGUCACGCCGGAAUCGGAUUAUGCAUCGGAAGCCAAUUAUCCGGCAAAUGAGGCAAGCGAUGACACAGAAUCCGGCGAUGAGGAUGAGCCCGGCAGCACGGUGUAUUUCAUGAAAUUGCCAGCGACCCCCGCCGCGGAUACGUAUUCUUCUACAGAGGACGAGGACCAGGACGAGGAUGACAGCGACUUCUUGAACACUACCUACACGUGGAAUCUCCGCAAUGUGCCCAAGCUGCGAAUUAACGACGCCGAGGCCGAAGGUGAACUGACACUGGGAACUCAGGCGAGGGAGGUGCCUCGGCAGGAGCAGCCACAGGCAAAGGAGUCUUGCCUGGAAGCCGAGCCGGUGAAGGUGCGCCCAGCCACGCCCACUCCAAAGGCUCCGCCUCAAGAAUCCGCCGAGGGGCAGACACAAAAGUUGCUUUUCAGGCUGGACAAACUGGAGCGAUCCUGGCCCUGGGCAGACCGUGAAAAGAUCAUAUACAAGCAAUCCACUUGCCAUUUGGUGCCACGAAAGCCGCUGGGAUUGGUGGGGCAGCGAAUGCAGCUGCUGCUCAAGGACAAAAAGGAGUGAAUUUGUGAAGGGAGCAAGGAGUCAAACCCAUGUUAAACAGUUCCUGCCAUUAGACUAAGUUUAACCUCAGAGGGGGACAACUCGACGUCGAAGGGUGGUGUGAAGUGGCCAACUUUUAAUUGAGUUCAUUAUGCAAAUACACAGGCGACAACAGCAGCCUCAACUUCAGCAGCACUUCAAUUAAAAGCCGCACACCCGGGCGUAUUUGAAACUCUAUUCAAACACGCUUCACACCCAGCCUUUCAGUCGGGUAAAAUUUUUAAUUAAAGUGCACUCUGCCGUAUGCCAAAAAAAUCACUGCCAAGUCAAACGCAAGCAGACUCAAAAUCAAGACAAAACCGCAACCAAACCCAAGCCGAAGCCCAAACCCAAACGCAAACUAGACCAGUGCCAAGCUCUUCAACCGGCACUUGCAACUUGGCCAGGUUUAUGCAUUAUUUGUGACCCACCGCACCAUAAAUUCCAUCUGAAGGCCAACGCAAUGCACUUAUUCCGAAAGCAGCAGGACCUGUGAGUCACGCAGGAUACGGAAAAGGACGAUGACGGUGCCAAAAAAUGUUCCUCGAAGUUUACUCUUAUUUUUAGAACCCCGUGCAAGGGUAGUAUCAUUCUAGAUUGGUUUGGAUCACUUUUUAUACAUCUAAAGGUUUCUAUUUUAAAUUUUAUUUGAUUUUAAAUUGGUAUUAUGGGACGUGGUCAAAAAUCUAGGCUAACAUACAAAUUAUUCAAGAAUUUUAUAGUUAUUACAAAUUUAAAGUUUUAUAGUAUCAUGUUUCAAAUAUUUUUCUGGUCUUAUAUAAGCUACAUUUAAUUGCUGAAAGUUAAAUUUAAUAAAGAAUUACAACACA